AUGAAGGCAGUCCAGAUACUCGGGGAUAUCAGCUCCCCCAGGAUCGUCACCAACGACGACAUGCCCACUCCCUCACCCAGCGGUUCCGAAAUCCUCAUCAAAGUCCACGCCGCCGGUAUCACGGGCGACGCUGUGACGUGGCCAGAGAUCUACGCAACACCCUCUCGCAUUCCGGGCCACGAGAUCUCCGGGACCGUCGCCGCUCUCGGGCCUGACUAUCUGGGUCCCCUGGCAGUCAACCAAGAAGUCUUCGGGAUGCUGUCAGCAGACCGAGGUCAGGGACAAGCCGAGUACGCCAUAUGCUCUGCUGCGGAAAUAGCUCCUAUGCCGUCGUCUAUCUCCCACGCGGAAGCGGCAGUACUCCCCAUCCCUCUCCUAACGGCGUGGGAGACUAUCGUGGAUCACGGGAAAAUCACGCCCAGCACGAAGGUUCUCCUCACAGGAGCCUCGGGGGCCGUCGGUUCGGUCUUCGUGCAGCUGGUCUCGCUUUUGACCGGGGCCCACACGAUCGCUCUGGCGUCGGCUCAGAACCACGAGGCAUUGAGGAAGCACGGCGCAGAGAAUGUUGUCGACUACAAGGCGGCGGGUUGGGAAAAAUCAAUCGGAAAGUUCGAUGUUGUCUUCGAUACUGUCGGAGGCGACAUCCUGACCAAGACGUGGGAUGCGGUUGCGGACGACGGGAUCGUCGUGACCGUGGGUGAUCCGCCGCCAGCGUGGGCGUUCGGGAGGGGGAAAGCGGUAGAGGCGGAGACCCGCCCAGGGGUUCGUUAUAUGCACUUCAUUGUGUCUCCCGAUGCAGAGAGGCUGGCCGAGGCGUCUUCUUUCAUUCACAGCGGCAGGAUGAAGCCUCUGGCCGUGCAGUCGUUCGGCUUUGGCGAUGCGGUGGAGGGAUGGACAUACGCUCAACAAAGGAAUAGAGGGAAGAAGGCUGUGAUAGUAUUUGAUGUCUACAAUUGUAAGCGGGAUUAG